AUGCUCAAACAUAUAAUAAGGAGUUCUAAUAAAAAACAAACUAAAAGGUAUAAGCAGAAAAAAUCAAAGAUAUUUAAUUCUACAACUAAAAAACUGGUUGCUUGUUAUUGUGAUCAAUGUAACAGUAAAGAAGUUGAUUCAAAAACGAGAAAAAGAUAUAAUAACCUCAAAGAACAGCUUGAAACCCAUUCUUAUACAUCAAAACAAACUGCUAAUAAAAUUUCAUUAAGUGAAAAAGAAUGGUUUCAAUCAGCUGAUAAUAAAUACCUACAUGAAGAAGAAGAAGAAUUAAGCAACAAGGAUGAUAGAAAUCUUUUUGAACAAUUUUCCGCUUUCAAUUUAAAUGAUAUAGAUAUCAAUUUGAAUCCUGAAUCUACUAGCUUUGAUGAUUUGUAG